AUGAGCAAGAAGUACCAGUCGGAGAACGUCCCAGAGGUGGAGAAUCACAUUUCUCACAAAUAUGAAAUCAAGAAGAGAAUUGGGAAAGGGGCGUACGGCAUUGUAUGGAAAGCUGUUGACAGACAAACUGGGGAGAUCGUGGCAGUGAAGAAAAUCUUUGAUGCUUUCAGAAACAGAACAGAUGCCCAGCGAACAUACAGAGAAAUCAUGUUCCUCCAGGAGUUUGGAGAUCACGCCAACAUUGUCAAGCUUCUCGACAUCAUCCAAGCACAAAAUGAUAAAGACAUUUACCUCGUCUUUGAAUACAUGGAUACGGACCUGCACGCUGUGAUAAAGAAAGGCUCUCUUCUGAAGGAUAUUCAUAAGCGUUACGUCAUGUACCAGCUCUUCAAAGCUAUCAAAUAUCUCCAUUCAGGAAAUGUUAUUCACAGAGACCAAAAGCCUUCCAACGUGCUCCUGGACUCAGACUGUAUUGUCAAGCUUUGUGAUUUUGGCUUGGCCAGAUCGCUCAACCAGAUCCAAGAGGACAGCGUGAACCCGGCGCUGACGGAGUACGUGGCCACGCGGUGGUACCGAGCCCCUGAGAUCCUACUGGGAUCCACAAGGUACACUAAAGGUGUGGACAUGUGGAGCCUGGGCUGCAUCCUGGGAGAAAUGCUGCUGGGAAAAGCCCUGUUUCCUGGAUUAUCCACCAUCAACCAAAUAGAGAAGAUCAUGAGUGCCAUACCUCACCCAAGUCCAGAAGAUAUUCUCGCCAUCAGGUCCGAAUACGGAUCUUCUGUCAUUCAGAGGAUGUUACUGAAACCACAGGUGCCUUUGGAGGAUCUUUUCCAGCCGUCUGUGCCUCCUGACGCUCUUGACCUGCUGAAGGGAUUGCUCGUUUUCAACCCAGACAAGCGUCUGACUGCAGAGCAGGCCCUUCAGCACCCAUAUGUCGCCAGGUUUCAUAAUCCAGCCAAAGAACCAGCUCUCAGCUCCGAUCUAGUGCUGCCAGUGGACGAUGAUGUGCAGUUAUCUGUGGUUCAGUACCGCAACAAAGUAUAUGAGAUGAUCCUGGAGAGAAGAUCUAACCAUGGGAUGCCUAAUGGAGGUUGUUCGGGGAAUCAAGAGUCAACCAGCGCGAGGUGUGAUCAGGGAGAUAAGAGCCCAGGAGCAGCAAGCAACCAUGAAGAUGACAACCCUAAAGAGAAAACACAGCGUGAGCAGAAUAAGAAGACAAACCGUGUUGCUUCACGUCCAGAUGUCAACAAAACUGGGGUUGUGAAUUCAUCUGCUGCAGAGAAGAUGAGCCCAAAAGUUGGAAAACCCACAUUUAACCCCAUCACACAUGUUUCAAAUGGUUUUGGGUGGGUUCCAACUGGUGCAGCUCGUUACAGUCAGCCCACAGCAGCCUGCAGGAAAGCAGAGCAGAACGCUGUAACCACAGCACCAGCAGAGGGCUGCAGCCCUAUUCUGUCUAUGGACCAGAUUCUGCAGCGUGGCCGCUUAGCUCCUCCUAUCCACAACCACUCCUUCUCCUUGACCCUAAACCAAACACAGAAUAAUCCUUUAGUCCGCAAGGAUGAGAGGUCUAUGUCUGCUGGGCUGCACAUCACUUCAGCUCGACUGGUCGGUCCAUCAGGACAGGGAAAUCAUAAUAUCUAA